AUGGGGGCACUGGAGUUGGAGGGCCGGGGUAGGAGGCCCCAGGGGAGGGGCUGCUUCCUGCUGGCUGUGGCAGGGGCCACUUCCCUGGUGACCCUGCUGCUGGCAGUGCCUAUCACCGUCCUGGCUGUGCUGGCCCUGGUGCCGCCGGAGCAGGGAGGACUGGUACCAGAGACGACUGAUCCUGGGGCACAGGCCCAACAAGGACCGGGAUUUCAGCAGCUGCGGGAGGAGGAGGAGGAGAAGGAGCCAGAAGCAGAUCUCAGCUCCAGGCUGCCGGCUGCCCACCUCAUAGGCGCUUGGAUGAAGGGGCAGGGGCUAGGCUGGGAGGCGAAGAAAGAAGAAGCGUUUCUGAGGAGCGGGACGCAGUUCUCGGGCACCGACGGGCUGGCGCUGCCGCAGGACGGUCUCUACUACCUCUACUGUCACGUCGGCUACCGGGGCCGGGCGCCCCCUGCCGGCGGGGCUCCCCGGGGCCGCGCGGUCGUGCUGCGCAGCUCGCUGUACCGGGCAGGGGGCGCCUACGGGCCGGGCGCUCCCCAGCUGCUGCUCGAGGGCGCCGAGACCGUGACCUCGGUCGUGGACUGGGACGGGAGGCGCGAGUACGGCCCCCUGUGGUACACGAGCGUGGGGUUCGGCGGCCUGGUGCAGCUCCGGAGAGGCGAGAGGGUGUACGUGAACAUCAGUCACCCGGACAUGGUGGACUACAGGAGAGGGAAGACCUCCUUCGGGGCCGUGAUGGUGGGGUGAGGGCCGCCCCGACCCUGGGAAAACUGCUGGCCCCCAGCUCGGUGAGAACUACGCAGGAGGAGACUGCAAACUGAUUUG